GGGCUCAUGAAGAGCUUCAUCCGGGCUUGUCACCCAGCACAUUCUUACCAUGGCUUCUACACUUUGGAAGGCUCUGGUCCUGGGGCCUCUUCUGCCAACACUUCUGCUGGCAUUUACAGCUGGGAAGCCUUUCAUCUCUCUAAAGGGCCCAGAACAGAGGACAGCCACAUUAAAUUCAGUGACUUUUACCUGCACUGCUGGCCUUUUCAGCUCCAAGAACCUCAGUGUUAACUGGUUUAAGAACAAUAAUAAACAUCCAGCUUCAGCCCCACAAGUGGUGCCUAUCAGCAAAGAUGUUUACUAUGCCACAAGCAAGUCAUCAGUGACAUUGGCCAAACAAGAUAUCUUUUCUCAGAUCACCUGUGAAGUCACCCAUGCAGACCUUGAUGAGCCCCUAAAAAUGACCAUCAAUCUUUCUCAAGUGCUCCUAGUUACCCCCACACUGAAUAUCACCACUGAGCCCCCAGAGAUUCGUGAUCAUGCUCCUCAAAGAGUGAACCUGACUUGCCAUGUCAACCACUUCUACCCCCAAAACGUGCAACUCACCUGGGCUAAGAAUGGAUACAACAUCCUGACUCCUGGGCUCUCUCAAGCCACAAGAAACUCUGAUGGGACAUACUCUCUAAAGCACACAUUGCAGGUAGAAGCCAUAUCGGAUGAGAGCAUCUUUAGCUGCUUGAUGUACCAGUAUGAUGAGCAUCCACAGAGCAUCAGCAUCACCCUGGGAGCACAGGCCUCCAGUAAGGGCAGAGUUUUUGUAGUUGGGAAUUCUUUCAUCUCUCUGAAGGGUCCAGAACAGAGGACAGCCACUUCAAAUUCAGUGCCUUUUAACUGCACCGCUGGCCCUUUCAGCUCUCGGAACCUCAGUGUUAACUGGUUAAAGGACAACAAUGAACUUCCAGCUUCAGCCCCACAGCGGCUGCCUAUCAGCAAAGACGUUUACUAUGCCACAAGCAAGGCAUGGGUGGCAUUGGCCAAACAAGAUAUCUUUUCUCAGAUCACCUGUGAAGUCACCCAUGGGUACCUCGAUGAGCCCCUAAAAAUGACCAUCAAUCUUUCUCAAGUGCUCCUAGUUAUCCCCACACUGAAGAUCACCAUGAACCGUGAUAAGGCUCAUCAAAGAGUGAACCUGACUUGCCAUGUAAACAACUUCUACCCCCAAAACUUGCAACUCACCUGGACUAAGAAUAACAACAAGAUCCUGACUCCUGAGCUCCCUCACGCCACCAGAAACUCUGAUGGGACAUACUCUCUAAAGCACACAUUGCAAGAAGAUGCCAUAUCAGAUGAGAGCACCUUUAGCUGCUGGGUGUUUCAGUAUGACCAGGCUCCACUGUGGGUCAACAUCACCUUGGGAGCACAGGCCUCCCAUAAGAACAAAGAUACUUCCACAAAGAAAUGA